GGGGUGGGGAUUUCAACCUAUAGGGCGUUAACUCACGAUUCUCUUCGACUUUAUAACGCUCGACGGUGUACAGCAUCUGUCAUAGUCGGCGUAUACCGAUGCCAACGUUCGGUACUCAGUUCUGACAGUGGGAACAGGAGUUUUAUUAUAAUUAUAAGGAGUGAUACGAAGUAGGAUGAAAGGGUGUUGCUAGCAUGUUGGAUAAGCGACGGCUCCAUGGCCACGGGUCGUCGCCAUGCACAUUAACAUUUGCAGUAACUCUAACUGUCUUCUGUUUCCUGUCAAUAUGGAUGUUAACCGGUGCACCAGGCACCCUGACAGCAAUACCAGCCCAGGUAGCAGUACCCGGUUAUACACUCUUAAUACCGGACAACGUAUCGGCAUUGCCCCAGCCAUAUUCACUGAACGAACUUCCGUCCAGCGAUGAAACGACACUGAUUGAUAUGACAAAUUUUCGAUUCAUCAUCAAUCACGAUCCGUGCAAUAGAACACAACCAUUAUUACUAACGCUCAUACAUUCAGCACCUGGUAAUUAUGCUAAACGUCACACUGUACGUGAAACAUGGGGAAAACAAACGUCUGAGAUGAUUGUACUAUUUUUCAUUGGAAUCACUGAUCAAUACAGAAGUGAUAUUAUUGAUGAGGAUAGAAAGUAUGGUGAUAUUAUUCAAGGCAAUUUCCUUGAUGCAUAUAGAAAUAUGACCUAUAAGCAUGUGAUGGCAUUGAAGUGGGCCACAUAUCACUGUCCAAGUGCCAAAUAUAUAUUGAAGCUAGAUGACGAUAUAUUCGUUAACAUUCCAGCAAUGGUAGAUUUUUUAAAGCGCGGCCUAUCCCCGUGGGGCGCAAGGCGUCUCAUUCUUUGUGAUCUACAGUCAGGAGCAACAGUUAAACGCUCGUGGCGUUCCAAAUGGCGGGUAUCACCCCAGGAAUAUCCCGGCAGACAUUAUCCAGCAUACUGCGCUGGUUGGGCUAUACUGUAUUCACCUGAUUCUGUAUUUUUACUGUACCGCGAGGCACAAAGAGAGCCAUAUUUUUGGAUCGAUGAUGUUCAUAUAACAGGUACAGUGGCUGGAAAAGUUAAUCUCACUCACGGCUCCAUACACCCAUUUGUACUUAGUUUGAAUGAUAUGAUGCAGCUGCUUAAUGAUCCUGAUAGUCGACAAGAGUUUUUAUUUGGUCCACCUAAUUUGGGAGAGGAUCAUAUUAAGGCUCUUCAUCGGUUGACUCUUAAGGCAGUUAGUAAUGAUGGCCUGUCAGAGAUAUAGGGAUAUAUUAAUUUUGCGGUUAAAGAAAAUAAGGAGACGGAUCCAAUUAAUUUUAUUUCGGAAUUCGGGGAAAGAGUAAUUAAAGUGUAGGUGUGGAUGCAAUCAGAUGAUUUCCCUUCGAGGUCCAUUUUUGAACAAGGGUUUGUUUGUUUGUUUCUAUCACGAAUUUUGGUAAAUAAUGAAUAUUGACAUUAAUUGACUUGAUAAUUUCAAACUUCCCGGUUUGUAAUUUGGUUUCAGUACACUGCUCAUACUCUAAAAUUUGUUGAAAUAAUUUUUUAUGCUAUUUAUUUGAUAGGUUUAUUUUUUAAAAGAAGACAUCAUCAAGAUCUCCAGGGUGUCGGUGGUUUAAAAAAUUUCUUUUUAUCGUAGAAAAUGCGAAAUUUGUUGAGGGAAGGUUGAAAGUAUCUUUCAAGAUGAAACGAGAUGUUCAAAGAGUUGAUAAUUCAUUAAUGAAGUACUAAAACAUAAUAAAUGGACGACAGUCUCCGGAGGACAAAGUUUUCUUCUGAAUGUAUUAUUCCAUUUAUUCUGUUGUAUUACUUCAUUUCAGGACUGAUCAAACUUCACGAAACCGGAGGAAAUGAAUCUUGGUAUUUAAAAAUUAUACAAUUUAUUACUUAUUUUACUUUUUUAUAGAUAAAUCUACCAAUUAUUGAAUUAUUCUCGAAUUCUUAUUCAGGACUUGUCAGUGGUGUUGACAAGCAUUCAACGAACCUUUAAAAUUGUCCUAAAACCUUAUUCUUCGUUGCUGAUGGCAUUUAGAAACUUAAUUAGUGAAGUGUCAUUAACUGGAAGUGAUUACCCUACAUAUGAUUCACUUGAUGUGACCAAACGCUUUAAACUGUCAUUUAAUGUUCAUUUGCAAUUAAUAAUAAUAUCAAAUGGUAUUUCGAGAAAUUCUAAGUUAAUGGGUGGAGAAAUUGGAAUAUUACAUCAACUUCUUUGUUGCUUCUUUUUAUAUUAAACAAUCGAGAGGAAGGGAAAAAUCAUAAUUUGUUGGAUAAUUGUAAUGCUUAAUUGAUGAGAACUCUUCAGUAUUUAAUUCGCCAAAUUAUUGAGUAAUAUAUACAUGUAAAAAUUGUAAAUAACUGAAUGAAGAAGGAAAAAUCAAAUUUCAUAGUGAAAGUUACCCUUUUCGAAAGUUGAAGAAUAGUUCUCCAAUUAAACAAAUUUAAUCAUUGAAUAAAUCAACAAAAAAAUUCCUCAAAAAGCCAAGAUAUAAUAAGAAGGUUGAAAAUUUUGAAUUUCUCAAUUCUAGUCGCAUAAUUUAACUUUGCUCAAUUUAAGGAACUCUCAUCAGUGGAAGAUAUUAUUUCAAUAAUGAGCUGUAUAUUCAAUAGGAUCUAUCAUUUCGAUGGUUAUCUUUACAAUGAUAUUAGACAUUUAUUUGCUAUAUUGAAUAGAAAUUGUCAAUCGCCGAAUGAUGAAAAAUUUGAUGAGAUACUCUUUUUUUUUAAUUUGCAUGAUGCAUAAGUCACACAAAAUGAAAGGUGGAGAACAGGACACGUAUCUUUACUACUUAUAGGCAUUUGUCCAGAGGAAAAACCUUACUCGACUGAAUGAUCUAUUCCAUAGAAAUGAAUUUCUUCGUUUUUUUCUGUCUAUUCUCUUUUCGAUUCUGUCUAUUGUUAAAGAAAUUGAGACACUUGAUUAUAACAUAAUAUGUCUUGUUCUCCACUUUUUGACUACAUAAUCCACUCAGUCGAGUAUUUGUAUUUUAUUAUAGAGCACAAUAUGAAAUCUCACAGAUCUCGAUGUAUUCACUACCUACCUCACAUUUAUUCAAUUAUUUUCACGAGGUAUAUAUUUUUUUUUAUUUGCCAAGUAAAGAGAAGAUGAAAAAUUAUAGGUAUGCCAUUUUUCUUCGUAAUAAUAAAUAAUUCAUUCAUAAAAAAUUGAAAAAUUGUGCAUAAAGUGAUCACUGCCGUCGGUUUUUCGACGGAAGUAUGGAAAGAUGAGGGGAAUAAAAAAAAUGAAUUACUUGUACAGAUCGUGAGAAAAACUAGCUUAUAUGAAAUUUAAAAUAAUUGUUCAUAACUUUAAUGCAGUCUUAUCCCAAAUUUGUACCUGAAAACAGGAAAAAACACACAAAAAAAUGAAUAUAAAUAGAUAAGAAUUUAUUUAUCCAGACUCGAGUGCUCCUACGACAGAAUCUAAUUAAUAUUUUCAUUGUAAUGUGAGCAUGGAGAAGAGACAAGAAGUGUAAUACUUCCAUGUAAAAAUCAUUAAUUAGAGUAUUUAUAUCUACAAACGUCAAUCAUCAAUUUAUUUUUCUUCAACAACGAUAUAUUUUUGUCUCUUCUUAAUGCAAUGUCGUCGUCAAAUUUAGCAAAAUAAAUUGAGCUCGAUCGUUCUGAUUAAUUCUUUCGCCGUUAUGUUUAUAUGUAACAAUUUUAGAGUGGAGUGGUAAAAAAUUAAGGAGGGUAAAAUGAAGUUCUGAAAAGGCCAAGAGUGUCCAUUUUACCGCAUUUGUGCUGAUUUGUGAUGAGUGUAAGAUGUGACACAAUGUCAAUUUUUUGAUGAACAAUUCGAAAUGUAAUUUUGGAACAGAAAAUUCAUACUCAAGAUUUAGACAAUCUACAAUUUAGGGUUAAAUGAGACUUAAAUGGGAGCUCUGAUGUUUACCUGAAUAUGGGAAAUUGAAUCUCAACUAAAGCAGAAUUCUCAAAUUAAUAAAAUAAAUCAUUUUAGGGUGAAAAAUUCAGUAUUGAUCCUUGAUCAUUCACAUAGAAAGAUGAACUGCCUUUAAGAACUUUGGCUGCUUAUAUAGAUGGAGAGAAGAAGCUCAGAAACUUAAUUAAACUUGAUGUAUUCGAAUUUCAUAAAGUGAAGUCUCGCGAAAUGCUAAUGAUUGAAUGCAAGAUCACUUUUUUGAUUAUUUCAAAAAGUAAGUUAAACCUGCAGACUACUUAUAUUUCCUUUUUACCACUUCACUGAGGAAAUUGCAUCAAAUAAUUUCUUUUAAUCAGUGGCUUGGAAAAGAAUCUCUGAUCCUUGGGUCGUGCUCAGUAAUGAUACAAAAAAUGAACCAAUUGGUGCAUGGUAACUGAAUGUAAUUGUGCUAACUCAAAAUUUCUGCAUUUGUACUUAAUUUAAUUUGUGACAGGAGAAAUAAUUAUUAGCGAAUCAAGUUUUAUAUAUUUUCGAAAUGAGUCGAUAUUUGUCCUGCAAUCUGUGUAAUAUAAAUAAUAAUAAAAAUGAAUGAAACAA